AAGGGAACAAGGCGCGGUCGCCAGGGCGCAAGGAACAGAGAUGGUCGGAGGAAAAUCCUCCCUAAAUGGAGGGGAUAACAGACGUAUCUUACUGCCUAUAGUGUCUGUUGAUUCACAGUGCUCGCCAGUAAUGAACGCGUCGUACGGAAACGUGGAUCGUAGGAACGCGUACGCGGAGUUCAGUUUCUAAAACAGUUAUCAAUUUGUUAUUUUUUUUUGCUCUUGUAUCUAGAAUAGAUUAAUUCUUUAUAUGCUUCGAUAUCAACAUUGUAAGAAGCUUAUGCCUUCUGCAGCUUAUUGAAUAACAAGUUUUUAUUACAAAUAUUAAGAGACUCUGAAGCUAACUCGAGACGCGGAGAGUGAGACAAGUGAUUAACAAGAGCCGAACGCUCGAGUUCAGGGUGCACAUGCUGAAGAGACGAGGAUCGGUGCAUGUGGAGAUACACGCGUCACUAUGAGGCCGUGGAUGAACAAAUCGCUUAGCUUUGGAAUCCUAGGGCUAUUCCUGAUAGCCCUUGGUAAUUCCUUCUGUUUCUUGUGGCCAACAGUUUUUCAUCAAAUUCUUCAAAAAGAAUUGGCUCUCUCGCCGACUUCCAAAAGCUUUGAGAUGUGGAAGGAUACCAGCAACCUCCCGCCUUUAUUUAUGAAGGUAUAUCUCUUUAACUGGACCAAUCCGGAGGAAUUGAACAUAAAAAAACCGCAUUUCAAUCAAGUUGGACCUUAUUAUUUCAGGGAAAUAAGGCAAAAGGACCAUAUCCAAUUUAAUCACGAGAACAAAACUGUCAGCUAUUUUCAACGACGAAUAUGGUAUUACGAUGCGGAGCGAAGCAAUGGAAGUCUUAGCGACAUCAUCACUAAUUUGGACCCCGUCACUGUAUCAGCAGCGCACAAAGUUAGAUAUUGGGAAAUCGACUGGCAGAAGUCGCUGUCCUUUCUCUUAAGUAGUACUAAUCGACGAUACUACACUAGUAAAACAGUGGAUGAAUUGCUGUUUACAGGCUAUCCUGAUUCUCUAUUCACUAUGAGCAAAAUAAUGCCAUUAGACGACAUUCCGAUGGUUGAUCGUUUCGGAUGGUUCUAUACGAAAAAUAACAGCAUCACGGAUGGAUACUUAAAUAUGGAAACGGGAGAGGAUGAUAUCAGCCAGUUGGGUAUCCUAAGAAAAUGGCAUUACAAGGAUACGACGAAAUUUUUCAAGAGCCCUUGUAACGUUAUUGAAGGCAGCGCGGGUGAAUUUUGGCCGCCUAAUAGAGCAAAAGAUAAGAUUACUUUGUUCAGCAUAGAUUUAUGUCGUCCGGUCACCUACGAAUACGAGGGAACGGUAUCUCAUUUUGGCGUCGAAGGUUAUCGAUACACCAUUGACAAGAAGACCCUAGGAAACGAUACUAGGCGACGUUAUCCUCACGAGCAAGCGAAAUAUUUUGAAAGGACCACAACAACCGAAGACUUUUUUGCAGCUGAGCAUUUGUCGGAGAUGGGAUACACUACGACCACCGAAAGUGUUUUUGACAACGACCUUUCAUCCGAGAAAGAUACGGAUGAAUACUCGGAUGAUGAUCCGGAUGUUAUUAACAUGGGUCAUUGCUACUGCAAUGGCGAAUGCAUGCCGUCGGGUCUAAUGAAUGUGACCGCGUGCCGUUUCGGUGCGCCAGCUUUCAUCAGUCUACCUCAUUUUUACAAGGGUGAUCCUGUGCUCCUCGACCAAAUCGAAGGACUACAUCCUAAUGACAAGGAUCAUAGCUUCACCAUAACUUUGGAACCCAUGACAGGAAUUCCAUUAGAAGUAAUAGCUAGACUUCAAGUUAAUUUUCUUCUGCAACCAUCAGAGACUAUAACAAUCUUCAACAAUGUACCCAAGAUCUACAUGCCAAUGAUUUGGUUCGAGCUGAAAGUACAAAUUUCCGAGGAGAUGGCUUCUAAUUUAAAAAAAUUACUAGCACUUCCAACUGUGAUGCUAAGUAUCGGCAUAGCUAUGAUAGUCAUCGGAUUAGGUUUAAUUGGUACUAUAUUGUUCCUACAUUUCAAGAAGAAAAGACGUGCACCCACAACGGAUACCACGGAAAAGGCGGUAGACGAAUCGUCUGACAAGAAAACGGAAAUGAUGUAUAUGGAUAAAACAAGUAGCAAUAAUGAAGAUCCUAACGUCAGAGGCGAUCGUCGUUUGUAUGCGAAACUGUACUGAACGUUUCUGCGAGAAGAAUUUAAACUUCUCUGAAGCUAUGUAUGAAAAUGUGCAAUUGGGGAUAGCAAUUUGACACAUAAAAAGGCUGCUGUAAGAAAUUUACAAACUAAAUUUUUAUUAUGUGUCUCAGCUCCACUAUAACGGUUGGCGCACUAUCCUAAAAUAUGUAUAUGUCUUACAUUAGUAGCAUGUAAGAAAGGAGAAUAUACAUAAACAGAAUAUUUUAUAAGUGCACAUAUGCAUAGUCAUAGGCAAAUUCACAUCAAAUUUUUUUUAUAUGCACACAUAUAUUAAUGUAUAAUUAGCAUUAUAAAUAAUAAUGCAUGAAAUGCCAAAAAAAAAAAUUAAAAAACUCGUGUAAUUAUAAUAAUCGCAAAUGUACAUACGAAUUAGCAUAUUGCAUGCAGAGAUAAUUUUUUAAAUAUAAAUGUGGCAGUUACGUAAAAGAAAUUCAAGAAUUUCAAUCGAUUCUAGCUCAGUAAUAAUAAAUAAUAAAUUUCUAUAAUAAACGUACAAAUAAUAUAUAAAUCUCUUUAAUCGUAUAUUUGUUGAAUUAAAAUGUAAAUUCUUUUAGACACAUGUGUCUUGUAUAACUGACAGAUGAAGCAUCUAUAAAUAUUAAAUCAAAUAUACGUAGAAUAACUUUUUGAGAGAGAUUAGUAUAAAUCAUAUAUUUCAUUUGCAAGAAAUACUGAUAUGUUUUUCUCUUGCUCUUUCUCGCUCUGCGAAUAAAAGACUCAUGAUCGUUACAUUCCUUAUAUUACGUAAUUCUACUCGAAUGAUAUUAAAUAUUGUUUUUUAUAAAAUAUCAAUUUGGAUGUACAUUAAGACUGACGAAAUCACGUGCGCCAAUUGUGUAGCAAAGUUAUUUUUUGCCUUGACUCAAUAAACUAUUUCUACACAUAAGUUUAAUUAAAACACGAUUAAAAAUUACAAAUCAAAUUGCAAAUUUCGUUUUGCAAUUUGAUUUGUAAUUUCAGCUAUUCUGUUAAUUUAUUACAAUGUUGAAACUGAAAUUGCCUUGAUCACAAACUGAAGAUAAUUACAAAUUACUCUAUUAGUUACGCCGAAAUAUAAUUAACGCUGUGAUUGAAUGUAAACGAACAAAAGGAUGAAAGAAAAGUUUUAUAAUGACAAAGUAUGACACAUACGAAUUUAUCUUUUGUUUGAGCGUAGAUAAUGUGAGACGUAUCUCUAUUAAAUUUAGAUUUUUAGAUAUUAAUAGGCGCAUGAUCACAAUCUACACAACGAACUAUGUCAAUAUUUAAGUAUAUAGAUGUACAAAAUAUACGUAAUGUAUAAUACGUUAUUGAAUGUAAUAUGUAUAAUACGCUAUUCUCGUAUCAGAAUAUCGAUGAUGUGCCUUGAUAUUAAUUAUUAUUAUCCGAGUUCACAUUCUACCUAGAUAGAGAUUUAGACGUUGUGAAAUUUCGAGGUAAUGUUUAUGGCUUUCUCAUACAAAGUGUAGAUGUGAUAAAAUUAACAUAAAAAUUGUUUCAUUUCUAGAAUUAAUUAAAUCUAUCAAAUAUAUAUUGUUAGCGAUUUUUUUUCUCGUUAUCACUCGUUAUCAUUACGCAACGUAGAUUCAAAAUUAUAUUAUCUUUGUUAUUUCUAUAAUGCCUCGCGCCAUGAGUUAUAAGUAUGAUGAAAUUUGUGAUAAGUGUUAUUUAUACAAAAAAAUAGUCAUUUACAAGUGCCAAUAAUGUUUAGAAUAAGCAUUAUAUAUUCAACCUAAGAGUUGCAACAGAUGUUUAUCAAUCCUAACAUGACUUUAGAUAAAUACAAUCAACAGAAUAUAUAUAAAAUAUAUAAAAGUAUAUUAUGUGUUUCAUGUCUAAAUACAUUUGCCGCUUGUGGGCAAUUUUUUACUCUAUAUUUCAAUAAAAAAAAUCUAUAUUAUUUUCAUAAUAUUAAACGAUUUUCUACGAUUCAUACAUAACAUUACACAUAAUAAAGCAGAUGUUCACACAAAAAAA